CUUGAUAAUUGACUAUAACAAGUAAUCAAGAAACCACGGGAACAAUUUGGAUACCCAUUCGCCGUCAGUUUCUGAAGUAUAUCGGCCCAGCUCUUACUGUGCGCAGUCCCUGUUUGACUGUCGUAGGAUGGACAGUGCAGCAGCCCAGAAUGGAGUUGGCGUUGAAAUGGAGAUGCCAGAGGUUAACGGAAAAACAGACGGAGUUGUAAACAUAGCAUUUUCUCCUUCGGGAGAAGAAGAUGGGAGAAAAGAACUUGAAUUUGAUUCUGUCAUCGAUGCACCCGAAAAUAAAAACAAAUCCGGAAUUCAAAGUAAAAUGUCUAAGCAAAUCGAUAAAGCUACUCAGUUUGGCAAACGUCACCGAACGGUCUUGAAACUAAUUCUUUUCUCAAUCCUUGGUGCAGGUUUUCUGGCCUACUUGAUCGCCGCCUGUAUAUUGAAUUUCCAGCGAGCUUUGGCCCUGCUUGUUAUUACGUGUGUGGUGUUUUUCUUUGUCUGUUAUGACCUGCUUAAGAAACUCAUUGGAGAGAAGAUUGCGAAAUUUCUAAGUCCACUCGCAAAAUUUUUUAAAAAGUAUAGAAGAUGGAUAAAGUGGAUUUUCUCGUUGUUAGUUCUUGCUGGACUCAUCGUUUGGUUGGUGUUGGACACUUCCAAACGACCAGAACAACUGAUAUCAUUUGCUGGAGUCUGCAUGUUCGUCAUCCUCCUGUUUAUUGUAUCCAAACACCACCGCGCAGUAUCCUGGCGGGCAGUGUUCUGGGGUAUUGGACUUGAAUUUGCUUUGGGUCUUUUCAUCAUACGUACUGAACCAGGGUACCAAGCCUUCAAGUUCCUUGGAGAACAAAUUCAGAUUUUCCUGAACUACACCACUGCUGGCUCACAGUUUGUAUUUGGAGAAGAGCUUAUUAAGAAUGUGUUUGCUUUCCAGGCUCUUCCCAUUGUGGUCUUCUUCAGCUGUGUGAUGUCCGUUCUCUACUACAUAGGGAUCAUGCAGUAUGUCAUUGUUAAGAUUUCCUGGCUGAUGCAGGUUACGAUGGGUACCACUGCUACAGAAACAUUGAGUGUUGCUGGGAAUAUUUUCGUGGGACAGACUGAAGCUCCUCUCCUUAUCCGUCCUUAUCUGCCACAAAUGACUAAAUCUGAAAUCCAUGCUGUGAUGACAGGGGGCUUUGCAACCAUUGCUGGAAGUGUGAUGGGAGCCUACAUCUCCUUUGGGAUUGAUCCGUCUUCGCUGAUUGCAGCCUCUGUCAUGGCUGCCCCCUGUGCUCUUGCCCUAUCCAAGCUGGUCUAUCCCGAGACUGAGGAAUCAAAGUUCAAAAGUGAAGAAGGAGUCAUCCUUGAAAAAGGAGAAGAGAGGAACUUGUUAGAAGCUGCCAGUAAUGGAGCAUCUGCCUCUGUGGGGCUAGUAGCCAACAUCGCAGCCAACCUGAUCGCAUUUAUUGCUUUGCUUCAGUUUGUUAAUGCUGCCUUCUCGUGGCUGGGAGGAAUGGUCAAUUACCAUGAGCUCACUUUACAGCUGAUCCUCUCCUACAUCUUCAUGCCCAUCGCAUUCAUGAUGGGUGUGGAUUGGAAUGAAGCCGACAUGGUUGGGGAGUUGCUGGGAACCAAGAUCAUUCUAAAUGAAUUUGUGGCUUACCAAAGACUGGCGGAGUAUAAGAGCCUCCGACUGAAAGGUGUUGAAGAAUUUAUUGAUGGACAAAAGCAGUGGAUAUCGGAACGAGCUGAAGUCAUCUCCACGUUUGCCCUUUGUGGGUUUGCUAAUGUCAGCUCCAUUGGAAUCAUGUUGGGGGGACUGUCCACCAUCGCUAUGGACAGAAAAAGUGACCUUGCCAAGGUGGUGCUUCGAGCAUUGAUGACUGGCGCAUGUGUCUCUUUCGUCAAUGCUGCCAUAGCUGGAAUUUUGUACUACCCGCCUCAAUUGGAUUGCUUGGGUUUCUUUAGCCAAGGGGGUGCUUUGAAUCAGAGCUACAGUCUCUAUGCCUGCUGUGAGGACAUUUUUGGAAGUGCUGAAGUUCAAAAUGGAAUACUUUCAUUUGGAGGUAAAUGGCAAAAUGUUACUUCCUCUCCCCUGUAUCUACAAAACUGCUGUAUGUUUUACAACAACACGGACUGCACUAGCUUGUAACCAGCAGCUGCCAAAUUUUUAGCUAAUGGACAAACAAGCUGGAUUCUUUAUGCACUGGACGGACAGACGUGCCUCACACGAUGACAUUAUUGGGAAUUAUAAGAAACUUUUUACUCUCCACAAGCAAGAACGAUAACACUUCAUCAAUUCCUCUGACCAUGUACUAUUGGUAUUACAAUAAUUCAAAGGAUGAACAGGACUUCAUACAGUGUAUUUGGAUUCAGUACCCGAUAUCAGAAGAUGCGUUUUUUAUUUAAUAUUUCCAUUACUUUGGUGACAUGCAGCAAACUUUCUUCACCCAUCCUACUUAUUAAUAGAAGUCAAUUUUCAUUGCUUAAUUCAUAUUCAGGACUUUACUAUUGCAGCUCACUAUGGUUAUGAUAAAUUUGUUUUAGCUUUUUAGGAACCAACUGUUUGAGGAUAUUCUUUAGCCAUUUAUUGCACUGUAGUCACUGUUUUGUCAUAGUAUGAAAUUACCCCUCAGCAAAUACUCUACUGUCUCUUGAAUAUGUGGUUUACAUUUAGAUGGACCGAUUUGACUUGUGAUUUGAGAUAAAAUGUUUUUUUAAACUUAGGCCAACCAAAGAAAGCCAGGUCAGUGUUCCUUGUCCAAUCAACACAGCUUCCAUGCUGUCCCCUCUUCCACUUUUAACUCCUUCCCCCCAGUCUCUGAAGAAGAGGUCUCUAAACUUCUUCUGUCCUCUUCAUUGCCUCCC